AUGCCGCCAUCUUUGUCGGCGAAAUUCUUUUCAUCAAAACUCCUGAUGAAUUUGGCGGUUUCGGUGGAAUUGCAGUUUUGUAUGGUACCAUCGCUGUGCUUGGAACUCGAGGACGAAGCUGAUUUGGUUUUCGCGUCAUUACUUCAACUGCCUCUUCCUGAAGUUGAGCCAACACCAGAUUGCGAGCCAUCGAAAUUGAAGGGGAAGACAGGAAUACCUGUCCUGAGAGUCCUAAGAGGUCCGUAUGAUAGGAGGAGAGAAGAAGACUUUGAAGCUAUUAUUAAUACUGACCUCUCUGAUAUGUUUGGAAAUGGAACUUACAUCAUUACUCUCAGUGCCACUUGUGUGGCGUUGCCCCUGAUCUUGAAUCCCGAAACCAACACCGAGAGAUCCCGAGAGUCCAAAAAGAAGAGGAAGAAGAAACCUUCGAAUCCGAGCCAGAAUCAGAACCAGACAAGAUGGAAAUCCCCUGCCGAACAACAGAUUUAUUCCUCCAAGCUCAUCGAAGCUUUGCGUCAAGUUCGCCGUAAUCCUUCACCUUCACUAGCACCAGCAUCUUCUUCUUCCACUUUUGAUUCUCCUUGUCCAGCGAAAUCUAUCCUGCGCGGGGGCCAUGCCGUGAGAGAAGCAGCAGACAGGGUCUUAGCCAUAGCAGCCAAGGGGCGAAUGAGAUGGAGUCGAGCAAUCCUGACAAACAGACUCAAAUUGAAGUUCAAGAAGAAGAGGAAGCAGAGAGUAACUAUCCCCGACAACUGUAGAUCCAAGAGACGAAGGGGGAUUAGCAUCCUUGCCUUGAAGAAAGACAAGAGGUUGCCAACGGUUCAACGGAAGGUGCAUGUCCUCGGAAGCUUAGUUCCAGGAUGCCGAAAACUCCCCUUCCUUGAUCUUCUCGAGGAAGCCACAGAUUACAUAGCAGCCUUAGAGAUGCAGGUCAGAGCCAUGACCACCCUCACUCAACUGCUUUCCGUCGCCUGUGGCGCUGCACCCACCGCCGAUCCUUCGAGUCUGGACCGCCUCGGUUCCAUGCAGAGUUUCCUCGUAUUGGGGGUCUAUGGACUCCUGGAGGGAGUAACGCUCACCGUUUUUGAUGACCAGCUGGUUCUAAUGGGGCUAAUGGGGGAACCUGAGGACUUGCAUGGACUGGGGCUCUGGGAAGUGGAUUAUGACACCUACGAGUGUAGGCCGAUCAGGGAAAUGCCGCCGGAGAUGGUGGAGAAGAUGAGGAACGAAAACUCACCGCUCUCGACCAUGCGUGAUGGUGAAGAAGAUGAGGAACAAAAAUUCACCUUUAAUCUGAACCUGCAGAUCUCGCAGAGACUUUGA